AUGAGGAGCGGCCGCGGCGCCCGUCGAUGCCUCGCCAGGGAGCCGGGUGCCUGCGCCAUGAACCCCGAGAUGGCGAUGGAGCCGCUGGGCAGCCUGCACGGGGCGGCCGGCCAUGAGCCGGAGCUGAUGGGCAGCCCCAGCCCCCACCACGGCGGCCGCAGCGCCGGGCCGCUCCGGGUGCCCCCCCCCCCGCCGCCGCCGCCGCCGCCGCCGCCGCCGCCGCACCAGGAGCUGGCCCCCGCCGCCGCCCGGCCGGCCAUGGUGUCCAGCAUGGCCUCGCUGCUGGACGGCGCCGCCGAGUACCGCCCCGAGCUCUCCAUCCCGCUGCACCACGCCAUGAGCAUGCCCUGCGAGUCCUCGCCGCCCGGCAUGGGCAUGAGCAGCACCUACACCACCCUGACGCCACUCCAGCCCCUGCCGCCCAUCUCCACCGUCUCCGACAAGUUCCACCACCCGCACGCCCACCCGCACGCCCACCACCACCACCACCACCAGCGCCUCUCGGGCAACGUCAGCGGCAGCUUCGCCCUCAUGCGGGACGAGCGCGGGCUGCCCGCCGUCAACAACCUCUACGGGCCCUACAAGGAGAUGCCCGGCAUGGGGCAGAGCCUCUCGCCGCUGGGCAACGGGCUGGGCCCCCUCCACAACGCCCAGCAGGGCCUCCACGGCUACGGGCCGCCCGGCCACGAGAAGAUGCUCAGCCCCAACUUCGACGCCCACGCCGCCAUGCUGGCGCGGGGGGAGCAGCACCUCUCCCGGGGGCUGGGGACGCCCCCGGCCAUGAUGCCCCACCUGAACGGCAUGCACCACCCCGCGCACCCGGGCCACCCGCCGCCCCACGGGCCCGCGCUGCCCGCCGGCCGGGAGCGGCCGCCCUCCUCCUCCUCCGGCUCGCAGGUGAGCAGCUCGGGGCAGCUGGAGGAGAUCAACACCAAAGAAGUGGCACAAAGGAUCACGGCGGAGCUGAAGCGCUACAGCAUCCCCCAGGCCAUCUUCGCCCAGCGGGUGCUGUGCCGCUCUCAGGGGACCCUCUCGGACUUGCUGCGGAACCCUAAGCCUUGGAGUAAACUCAAGUCCGGCCGGGAGACCUUCCGGAGGAUGUGGAAGUGGCUGCAGGAGCCGGAGUUCCAGAGGAUGUCGGCCCUGCGGCUGGCAGCCUGCAAACGCAAAGAGCAAGAGCCGAACAAAGAGCGGAACAACUCCCAGAAGAAAUCCCGCCUGGUUUUCACGGACCUCCAGCGCAGAACGCUUUUCGCCAUCUUCAAGGAGAACAAGCGCCCCUCCAAAGAAAUGCAGAUCACCAUCUCCCAGCAGCUGGGCCUGGAGCUCACCACCGUCAGCAACUUCUUCAUGAACGCCCGCCGGCGCAGCCUGGAGAAGUGGCAGGACGACCUGAGCUCCGGGGGCUCCUCCUCGGCCCCCAGCACCUGUACCAAAGCGUGAUGGGGAGCGGCCGGCAUGGCGCGGCACGGCACGGCGCGGCGCGGCAUGGCACGGUGGAGAGAGCGGCUUCGCAGCGGGGCCCGUCACUGGUGACUUAAAGCACAAUCCUCCUGGAAACGAACCCCAGCCCAGCUGUAACAAAGGACACUUCUCACGGCUUUUAGUCAGUCUUAGCAGGCGCAAGUCAAGAAUUAACCUCUUUCUAUACAAUACUAUGCUCAGGACAGGCGAAGCAGGUCUGAAACGUAGGGGAGUCGUCCGUGAGGCAAGUUUCUCCUGAGCCCCAAAGAGCCGCGGCCGGCGGGGUGCCGCUGCGAGCCCGGGCAGCCUGCCCGUGCCCGGCGCUUGCCGACAGGGCGCCGGUGCUGGCCACACCGCCCUGCACCAAAGCUCACCGCUGUGGCGCGGCCACGCCAGAACGGAGCACAAAGUCUGACACGUAGACGCUAAAGAAUCUGAGAAUCUCUUUUUAAAACUCAGGCACGGUUUUGUUAAGCGUUUUAGGGGUGGGGGGGGGAAAAAAGAUCAAAUUUAAGUUUUUGUUUGGUUUUUUUUUUUUUUUUUAGUUUCUUUAAUUUAAUCAGCGAGUACAGCUUGAUCUUGGAUCAGAAAAAUUCAGUUCACUUGAGCUCAAAGUAUCAAGCACAAAGCCAGUAGCUAUAGGAAUAGGUACGACCCUGGACUCCCGGCAGCGACUGUUCCGCCGCGCAGCCCGGCUUCCCGGGCCGGUGGGGAACACCUCUGUGACCACGCGAGCCUCAAGCACAGUUUGCAGUUUGUCACAAGUUCUGUGUUUGUACCUAAUGCAGAUGCACACUCAGGAGGUCAAUAAUUUAACUGCUACAGUACAUGGAGCAAACACAACAUUUUGGAAGAUCUAGAUUUUUUUAGGUCAUUAAUGCGUCCUUUUUAGUUACCAGGAAUCUAAUUUCUCCUCGGCAACGUCCUUAUUACUGAAACGUAUUUAGCGCUCAAUGUAUUUUUGUUCCUUUUUUUUUUCAGUAUUUUAUGGUACUUUCAAGCAGGAAAAAACCAGAAACGAGCCCUUCAGAUGCCACUGGCCAUUUCAGAUGUGCCGCGUAUGACUUCAGUACGCCAUCUAAAUCUAUUGAAUCCCUAAGUUCCUUUUACCCCCCAGCUACCCAAGCUGGCGGGAACACAGCACACCAAAGAGACAGGAUUACUGCAAGCCAAAGAUGUUUAUAACUUGCCAUUUUCUCUUCGUCAUCGCUGGUGCGGGUGGUUGUGUGGCGAUGGGGGAGCCUCACAAACUCCAAGCCCUCUCUCCACCUCCGGCGGGCCAGCAGCCCAGCUGAGCCGAUGCCGAGCCCCGGCCGCAGCCGCCGCGCUCGCCGCCGCACCGAUGGCGGGACGGUGGCGGCCGCUCGACGUGCGCCUUUACCCGAGAACGGCCCCUCCUGCAGCGCCCGCCGGGGCCCCGGCAGCAAAGCCAAGCGCGGUCGUGGUUCUUUAGAGACACUUGAGACUUUUUUUAUGUACUACUUAAUCGAAACCAAAGAAACGUUUUCUGCACCUACUUCUUCUGCAACGAACUGUUCCAUUUAAAAAUAAACUAAAAAUAAAAAUAAAAAAAAAAACAAGUAAGGACGUCAGGAAGCAAACGAGUAACACACUGUGUUUUGACAGACAUCUUGGACAUUUUAGGAAGCAGAUCUCAAAGAAAGGGUUGACAAGAACGAGAACAAAGCAAAGCCAGUACGAUUGCUGCUUCAUUUGACAACUCAGUCAUCUUAAAGUUGAAGAUUGUCUUUAAUUUGUGCCUAUGCAGUUUUUUCAAAAGAACAAGGAACAGAGCAACCAAAACCUCAACAGCUACAAUACCAAAGAUGAGGAUUCUCACUACUUUUCUUUCAGUUCGUUAUCUCCUCUUGCACGACUGAAUGCAUAUAGCACCAUUGAUCUGGGUACAGGUAAUCACUUCUGUUUCUCUGAGCAACCAAAAGGGUGGGUUUAUUUACAUUAUUCCUGUUUCUGCCUCACACGGGAUCUCUCCAAGAGCUGCAUGGACUCCAAGCGCAAGAUGUUGGGAUACUACACUGGUAUGUCUCCUCUCUCCAGAGCCGCGUAGGGAAAACGUGUCCGUUGGGUAUGACUUGUUUUGUCAGGUAGAUUUGGUCUCCUGUAUGUCUAGAGCUUUGAACACCCAUCCUUCUGUAUGUGAAAUCCGAUGAGUAACCCACACCCUUCUUUCUCUUCCCCAGGGAUAAAACUCGCAAUAUAUGUAUGUACCGAUUUAUGUCAUUGUAAGUGCUGAGCACCGCCGCAGGCUGGCUCACCGAGAUCAGAUCCUGAUCUGAACCAAAACUGAGGUUUCGGCAGUUCAUGCGGCAGUUCAGUAGUUCGUUUUGAUGUAUUAGACACAUUAUGUUGGUUGCUCAAAGUCCUGAUGGUCCAAGUCAUGACACGCAGACCUCGGUCUAAAUUUCUCUUCAGAGCUGGAGCUCCGUGGUACCAUUGUGCUCUAUCUCUACAUUUAAACAAAGGCUUCUUUUUAACUACUUUGCAAAACCGCUGCAGUCAUCUUCCAAUUUUCGCAUUUAAAAAAAGAAAGAAAAUCAAAAAGCCUUGUCUGCUCAGGACAGGAAAGGUUUCUGAAAAGUAAAUUUGGGAUCCUCACAGCUAAACUGACAGCACAUACCAGCUCUGGGAAGCAAAACAUAGAUUUCCCAGAAAGAUUGGGCAUGAUUUGAAAAUAAUCCAGAGAAGCCCGGUAGUAGGACUAAAGCUGCCAAAGAAUGGUUCGGGUCUGGGCUGAUGUGUACCAGCGCCUCGGGGUGUUUGCGUGAGGAGUUCUGAGCCAGCUCGCUGUAGAGCAGCGCCCAGCUGAGGCGGUUUGGUCAUCUUGAAGUUCCACCUUCAUUCCCGUCCAAGAGUGUCCGCUCAAAGCAGCCUCUCCAUGCGCAUCCUGAACGUGGCAUCGCCCCCGCGGGAAAUGUCUGUUCCGACAGUGUCCUCCCGCAAUCUGCAGCAGUGUCAGGUGAUGCUGGGUUUUGGUCACUUUUCUCAUGCUCCAUCCCAUAGUGCCCCUGUAACCACUGCAGGAGGUGACGCGCCACUGGUGAAAACCCCGACUGUUGUUCCUUACCGCCCCUUCCCUUACUGCAGUCGCGGGGCAGAGAAGCGUAUCAUCCGGGACAAGGAACGAGUCCCAGGCCUCCUCCCAGCAGCCGGUGUCCCACCCCAGAGACGGGCAUGUGGGACACCACGUUAGGGACAGCCUUGGUUGUGCCUCCCACGUACCACCAUCCUUAGAGGCGGAGGGGAGCCUGCCCUGGGCUUCUCCCGAAGCCUGUGAGCAAAGACCUGGGCUUUUUAUUUCUGGUCGGAGUUCAUCCCAAUCGCCAUAACGAUGUAAGUCUAGAUCAAGUGCUGAAUUACAAAAAAAAUACAUCCCCGAUGAAAUCGUUAAUUCUCUCCCAAUUGUGGAAGUUUUUGUUAUGCAAUAUUACAGCUUAAGUUUUUGCUUGGCUCUUUCAAAUGCUGAUCCGCAGCCUCCCAGCGGGAACAAUCUAAUGACAGCGCUUUGGCUGACGCGACUGCCCGCGCUGCAGCGCUUGUUUAGCAAAACACAGAGGCUUCUCUGCGCUGGGACUGCAGGUACAUCAGUGCCCGUGUUUCCUCCCUGUUCGCCAAAAGUCAUUUCCAUCUGAACAUCUGAAACUGCUGCUGCAUUUUUUAUCCCUGCAUCUUUCAUGGCCCUGUGUUACGUCUUCCGUUUCACUGUCAACUCUCGUAGGCUUUUAUGUAGCAGCUCUCUCAGAAGAGGAGUGUCCGUAGCAUAUGCUGUGGGUAGAUAUGUUUGUAUGUACACGUGUGAGCAGAAUAUACGCUCUAUUCUGCCCAUGCUAAAAAAAAAACUCAAAUAGAUACGUUACGUUUAUAUACCAUAUAUUUAUGAAUCUAUAGAGCCGCAUAAUGUAACUUGUUCCUUUUAUUUAUUCUGAUACGAAAGACUGGUACGUACAGAUAGUAUCCCAGCAUCUUCUGUACCGUGGACUUGGAGUUACUACCAUGGGCACAUCCAAGAUGAAUUCAACUUUCAAGAAACCUUGGAUAUUGCUUAAUCAUCCGUGAAGGAACAAAGAAUGUGCUUGAUGACUUCGGUUGAAUAGCUUUAUUCCGGAUCUCUCUUACCUAAAGCUGAAUCCAAAGACCUGAGAAGGACUAAACCAGCAAACGACGCUCAAACUGCAGAAGGGAAUAGGGGUCUCCUCUUCCAGAGCAAGACACGGUAACGACACGGUAUUGCAAAGAGUGUGCUAGCUUCGGACAAAACCCGAUGUUUUUCUUGCUUGUCACAAUACCUGAGUAUUUUUAAGACACGGGGAAACUUUAUACUUGGCCUCCUUUAUAUUUAUUAAGGGGAAUUUUUAUUGUUUAAAUUUUUUAAAAAGGUAAAGCUUAAAAUGGUUUUAUUUUUUUCCAGACACUUGUGGGUUUUAACCCGAUAUAUUAUCUAUCAAUAAUGUAAUUUAUUUAAUUUAGUCUUAGAGUAGGUCCUGAAAUCUCUGUUCAGUCUAAAUCCCAUUGAGUUUCAUUUCAGCUUUGAAAUUCAAUGGGAGUUUUGGCUGAAUGUGGACUGCGGGAUCAGGCUCCAAUGUGAGUUAUUUGUAACUAUUUAAUUCGAUCAUUUAUGAAUUAAUUUGGGAUUAAUUUUGUUUAUUUAUCCGUUUUACUGUUGUAGCGCAUCAGAGAUGCGAAGCCUGUGUUAGUAAAUAUGCUUAAAAGUUAGUAUUGCUUCAUAGAGCAGCCGCGUUCUGUUACAGACAGGAGAAAAAUAAUGAGUUACAUGAAACAGGAGUCUAGUUUUAAUUUCUUCUUUUAAUUAAUUUCAAUUGUUUAAAUAUCAAAGUUUAAAUUAUUUAAGUUAAUCUCUUCCCAUCUGAUUAGAAAGUGUGACAUACCUUUAUUAUGGCACAUAAAGCCUUCCUAAUAUAACUUAUUUAUUUAACUUAUUCAUAAUCAUCUGAGGAUGCCCUUGUAUAGUUUUUGGUUUUUAUUUAGAAUCACCUUUAAAGCACUACAGCUGAUUUUCCGUAAGAACAACAGAGCGAAUUUUGAGGACAAGCAAUGAAUACUCAGCCUAAAACUGUGCAUUCAGAAACAAUAGGAAAAAAAAAAAAAAAGACACUGGGAUACUUUGCCUGAACUUUGUGGCUUCUUAAAACUUAAGCUGGGUGAAAACAUAAUACAUGCCAAGCGAAAAGAGAGAAACCCUUAAACUAGCUGCUUCCAAGAAUGAACUUCUGUGUGUGUAAAAAAAAGAAAAAAAAAGAAAAAAGAAAAAAAAAAGGGAAAAAGAAAAAAAGAAAAAACCUUUCUAUUUCUAGUGAGAACCAAAGAGGCUACCUCACUGACUUUUUCCAUUUGUAAUUUUAAUCGUGUUGAUGAUACCAAAGAUACCAAAGAUUUCUUUCUCUGUGCGGUCUGCAUUUUGCUUGUGCUCUGUUGUAGUUUCAACUGUUCUCUCCUACACACAGCAACGUACAGCUGCAGCCCAGACACCCAGAGAGAUGCUUCUCGCGGAAGCUGCCAGUUCUGGUGACGACGUUUUCUGUGUUUCCCUUACGCCUUCCCGCCAGCCAAAAACGUUUGGAGACGCAGAACCCCUUCACGUCCCUCCCCACGCCAGAUCCCGGGGGACGGAGCGGUUGUGUUGAGCUGAGGUGAAUCCCGGCUGUAUCCGGAGGACGAUUCCCUGGGGAAAGGGACCCGCGUGCUGCCACCCGCGCUGGUCCCGCUCACGGAUUCAGGGGUGCGCCUUUGCGCCAGCAGCACAAAUUAGGGCUAGAAAUGAUCGUUUUGAGGCAAUGCCGUUCCUGAACAGGUAGGCUGAGGGGAGGGGGGUCCCUCCCCGUUUUGGCCACCCGGACGCCCAGCAGCGGGCUCGGGGAACGCGGAGGGCACAGCGGAGACGGAGGCUGCUCGCUCCUGCCUACGCGGUGCGGGUGUUGUUUGCGACUACAGUUUUCAUAUGAAAAUCAAUUAAUUAUUUUUUCUCGAGUUAGCAAUGAAACAAAGCUGCAUUAAGCUCCAUUAGUAUGACGUUCCUAAGUGGUUACUUAAAAGUUGGUUGUUUGUCGCUGGGGGAUUAGCGGUGCCCUUUAGCAUUUGCUUCUUUUGGCCUGUUUUAUCCUGUUUAUCCGAUGGGGAGCUCCCCACGGGCCCCGGCAGACACGAGCUCAGCUUUUCGGUAGGAGCCGCCUCAUCCUGCCGACAGCGGAGCCUGUUCCGCAGUAAAAAACAACGAGAAGGUGGGCGCUGGCUGGUAGGUAAAUUUGAAAGAGGGGGAAAAAAACCACCUAAUUGAGAUCGCAGGUGCGUGCACUUUUAGCUGAGGUUAAAAGCCGGUUCGUAAAUCCCUGGGCCUGCCCCGCGGCGGCACAAAGGCCUCGCUGCGCUGAGGGUGAAGGCAGGCGGGAGAGACCCCGGCGCAGCAUCGCGGCGAUCCCGGGGCGGGACGGGACGGGACGGGACGGGGGCCUGAGCCUUUCCCCAGGCAAUCUGCCCGAGCAACGCCUCUGGAUUCACCCCGACAGAUUGCCGACGGCCCAACACAACAGCUCCGCUUCAAUUCAGUGUUGCCUUUUAUUUCGUAUUUCUUUCUGGUUUCCAGUCUGUGUUGGAAAAGAUAGGGACUUGACAAGUGUGCUUUCUCUCUCUCUCUCUCUCAAUCUCUCUCUCUGUAUUCCUUCUCUAAAAAGCUAUAAUAAUUCUCAGGAUGCCUUCCGGGCGUGGAGGAGACGAUCUGUCCUGGCGUAGGCGAAGCCUUCCCGCCGUCCCCGGCCCCCCCUGCCCAGCGGGGGCGGGCGGCGGGCUGGGCACAGAAACCCCAGAGCUGGCAGGGUCCCCCCAGCAGUCGCGGUUCUCACCAGACACGUGCUUCACUUGCAAAGUGUGACAUUACCACGGGACGAGUGCCUUGCUUGAACCAAAGCAACGAUUUUGCCAGUCUAGACCUCUCUGUGCUUUUUUUUAUUCUUCCUGUGAAUACCUCAGCUUCAACUGGGCCGCCAAAUCGUACCUGGUGGGCUUUUUGUACUGUGGUGCUUUGCAAUGCAGCCCUGCAAAGAACAAAACUCCUAAUAAUACCAAAGGCUCCUCUCUCCUUCUCCUCCUCCUCCUCCUCCUCCUUCUUCUCCUCUUCCUUCCUCUCCCUUUUCCUCCUUCUCCUCCUCCUCCUCCUUCUCCUUCUCCUCCUCCUCCUCCUCCUCUUCCUUCUUCUUCUCCUCUUCCUUCUUCUCCUCCUCCUACUCCUCCUUCUUUCUCCUUCUCCUCCUCCUCCUCCUCCUCUUCCUUCUUCUUCUCCUCUUCCUUCUUCUCCUCCUCCUACUCCUUCUUCUUUCUCCUUCUCCUCCUCCUCUUCCUUCUCCUUCUCCUCCUUCUUUCUCCUUCUCCUCCUCCUCUUCCUUCUCCUUCUCCUCCUCCUCCUCUUCCUUCUUCUCCUUCUCCUUCUUAUUCUCCUCCUCCCCCUCCUCCUCCUCCUCUUCUUCCUCCUUCUCCUCCUUUUCCUCUCCCUCCUCCUGCUUCUCCGUCUCCUCUCUUCUCCUCUCCCUCUCCUCUCCUCCUUCUCUAUUUCUUCAUGGUUCCAAAGCUUUAAUAUAAAACUGGGCAUGUUGGCAACGCAGACCGUGCAAUCCCUUACCGAAUUUUCUCAGAUAUACCUCAUAGAGAAUAGUUGUUUAGAGUAAUGUUAUUAUAGCGUAUGUAAUAAAUUAUUCACUGUUUCUUUUUGGUAACUGUGAUUUAAAAAAGAAAAAGCUUUAUACGUUUUAGGUUGUGCUUUUGUAAUAGACGGAACAGGUGCGCUUAAAAAUGUACGUCAGUCUUUCUUCCCGUUGGGUUUUUUUUGUUUAUUACGGAUUGGGGAAAAGUUGCAGAAUGAGCCCAAAGUUUACAGUUUCAUAUUUUGCUGAAGAAACAAUCUGUGUUAAUUUGCUCUGUUGAUAAAAAAAAAGAAAAAAAAAAGAUUAUUUUCUACAUUUGUGCUACUUGGUCUGAACAGCUAAUUGUUCUGUGUGACGGUGUAGUAUUAUAAUUAGCAACUGCCAAUCAGCGCUACCAUUUUUAUGCAUGAGGCAAAACCUUAGCAGUGUGAUGCAUCGUGGUUCUUAAUGGCAACUUCUUCUUUUGGAUUUGAAAAUAGGCCUUUUGCUUUGAUGGUAUUUAUUUAUGCAUGGAGCCUGUUAUCUGUUAGCAGUUGUGGCGCAGUUGUGUGUACAUUUACGCUGCGAAAACACGCACAGUUUUGCCUCAUACGCUUAUGUACUGACAAGAGCUGAGGUGCGCGUCAGUUCUGGUCUGCCCGUGUUUUAAACGCGGGCACAAAUUGAAUUCCAGUUAAAUUUUUAUUUGGGGAAGAGCUUGGCCAACCGGCCCCAGCCGAUUGGAUCCAUCAGUCGGUCGCGUGAAAACAGACAUCUUGCUCAGAACGGAGCCAACUGUGCGUUUUUUCCCAGGCUCGGGAGUUCCUUUGGCUUUAUGGCAGCCCGGCGGGGCACGGCACGGGGGACGGGCCACACGGGGUGUGCUGGGGACGCGCCGCGGCGCCCCUCGCCUGCCCGCUGCCUCCUGCCCGUCCCGGCGGGUGCUCGGCAGGACACCGAUGGGCGCGUGGUCUGCGGCGCUCUCCCAGCCACCCCCGGCACCCUCGCCUCGGGGUUCACGCUCAUCAAAACGCUUUGCGCCCGCUUUGAGUUACCCCUCGUGUCACAAACGGGUUUCAGGCCCCCCCCAGUCUCACAGUGCCCGGGCGGGCUGGCAAAUUGAUUGUCUUUUAUAGCCGGCUCUUGGCGUAACCCUGACUCACCGGUCGCGCUGGACAUAAAGCCAAAUCAACUGCUAAAUACACUCUGCGUAGAAGAGUGCCACUCGGGGAAUAGGAGUACGGAAGUCGCAGUCUUCUAAUGAGGCAUCUGAAGUAACGUCGGUAGAGUGUUUAUAUUGUCUGUCAUUAAGGAUAUAUUAGAGAUGUGCUUUCAUUAGUGCAAAGAAACAUAUUUUUAUUUGGCCUUAUACGGUAGAUUGUGAUAAUGAAAGCUUUGUAAUAUAGUCUGUUUAUUUUUUUUUUCUUAUUUAUCUGCCAAAGACGGUAAUGGAUACAAGAAUUUUAAAUAGGGUUUUUUUUGUAAGACAGUUAAUGAUUGUAAUAGUGUUUAAUCUUCCAGAAAGCUUUCUAUGUUCUUCCGCAAUAAGCAGACUCGACAUUUGUUUCGGCAGCCUCGACUCAUGCUGGCAGAUCCCGACGCUGCUCAGGCACACGCGGUUGUUGUAAUACCUACACGCUGAGCUCACCUCCAGGUUUCAGUCCAAAGGCAACACGGGGUAUGUGAGACAAUGGCAACGGUCACUGCUGCGGCCAACAGUAGGUGGUCCAGCUUGCUAAAAUUUGCCAAGGUACUUGUAUUAUGAAAUUUAAGGUAUAUUUUAUUAUGUCAUUUUAUGUCAUUUUUUAACUUUGUGGAAGGUGAUAUGUUGAACUGAGUGUAAGCUGAGUUUUUCAGACAAAUAAAGUAGCUAAAGAGUGAAUGUUAUUUUAUCAUUAAAGGGUUUUUACUCAAUGAUUUGUGCCAAUAGAUGUCCUUUAUCCUGAUGACAAGUAUUACAUUGCUUUCAAAGUUUUAUUUAUAGCUAUUGAUGUAAAACCCACACACACAUAUUAUUUGCCAAAGUUCAAUAAAGGAGGAAAACAACGCUUUUGCUUCCUUGUGCGAUGAAAAGUUCCUGUCUUUUUUCCAGGUGUCUGGCUGCUCCCCCCGCCUGGCCCUGCCCCACGCAGCGGAGCGUCGCUGCUCCGGCCCCGGCACGGCUGGGGCUGUCACCGCUGUCGGGGACACAGAGCCGAGCACAGCCACACCAGCGCGGGACCGCGUCCCCAAAACACGCCACUGCGCGUCACAUCUGGCCGAGCAUGAGCAAAAAGUGCUUGGAAAGAGAGGUGGCAGGUCCUUCUGUUCCCACGGCUGGUGCCAGAGACGGGUUAGCGUGGAACGGGGACGAAGCCGAGCAGGGGGAGAAGCGCAGGUUCGUUAUCCCGCAGGGGGUUUCUCAAGCAGGGCGUUCUGCAGCCCUCCUGGCCCAGCUCUGCUCUCGCACACCCUUCCCAGUGCAUUAACCUUCGCUCCUCCUGCUUAUCAUGCGCGGGACGCUGCGCGCAUCGACUCGCUGCCGCUGCUCAGGGCCCUUCGCGAGACAGGGGCUUGGGGCUCUGGCAUGUCAGCAUUUAAGGUCUUUUGUAAAGAAAAAUCCUGUAAUUACGCAGGCAAGUCCUGUAAUUAUGCAGGCUGGCUGAAAACGAAACGGAGCACUGCGUUCGCAGCCGGUAACGCCAGAGGCGGGAGCAACCGCACUCCCAGGCAGAGCUUGGUCCCUUGGGUGCAGAAUCCUCUCUCAGCCUGGCCAGGACACGUCGGGUGCCGUUCGCACAGGGCAGCUCCUCCGAGGAGCCACCGUCCUUCAGCAGGUCACUGACAGGGCUCCCCCAGGGGCCCGGGCCAGUGCCCAGAGCAAACCAGCUGAGGGGGGGCCGGCGAGGACAGAGGUCCUCAGCCCCGGCUUCUUUAUCCUUCUCCUCUUCCAGUGGCCUCUGCUUUUCCCAAGAAAAUUCCAAAAAUUCGUUCAGGCGGUGGUAAGUCACUGCCUACAUUAGAGCAGUGAAGAUGUUUGUUAUCUAAAUCAUGGAAUUACAUGAUGCAAUGUAAUUACCAUAAAAUCAAGCAAAUUAUCGCACUGUCAUUCCCUGAGGCAGCACUGCUGGAGGAGGCAGGAGGUUCCUCGAGCUGGAAUUUCAUGGAGAAUGUAGCAGGUUUGCAGCCGUCGCUCAUUUUACUCCAGCGUUUUUCUCCUUGAGUAAUCGCAUCAUAAGCAAAAUGAAAUGAAAAAGGGAAAGCACUUUCCUGUGUUUGUAUCUUAAAAAAAAAAACCAUAAAAAUGGCUCUUUCCCUCCUUAACCUUUCGGCAGCGUUGGCAGAGUCCCUGCAGACACCAUUGCCCCCUUGCCCACCCCCGGGGAGGGCGCAGGCCGGCGGGGGGGACUGGGGGCCGGGCACCGGGGGCCGCAGCACCGUCGCCAGUAAAAAAGCCACAGUGGGGUUUGUUAUCUUGAAUCUAACCUUAGCACCGAUUUUUAACCUUGGGGUUAAUGAAGUCACGAGAAGAAUUCGUUUUCAUGCUCAGUCUCUUCAUAUCCCUCUCUCGAUGCUGAGCCAGAUUCUGCCGUUAAUUAAAUUUAAGCUGCUUCAUUUAACUUUGCUGAGUGGCUACCGGUGCAAAUAAAAGCAGACCUGCCUCUUCAGCAUUUCCUCUCAAAGAGCCCUGAACGCUGCUGUUCGUUCAAGUCUCCUUCCCACCUUCGCCCUCUGGCUGGGGUGCGGUGGGGGCUCCCGAGGAAGAGGAGGGAAGAGAACCCCCCCGAGCCCCGAGCUCCCGGCAGCGCAGGCACUGCCUCCGGCCGGGCACGGGGCUCGGCAUCCCUCCGAGCGCCCGGCUCCACGCGCUCCGACCUGCAACCGCACACAGGGCAACGGGCUUUGACCUGAACCGGAGCCUGGUGCCGGGCUCCACGGGGAGAGCAAGAGGGAACAAGCAGGGCUGGAUGGAUCUUCCUGCCCCCGUCCCCCUGCAGAGCUCCACGGGAGCUCA